AUGCAGUUCACGACCUCCUGGCUGCCUGUGAUGGCAGGUCUGCCGUCCGCGAACGGGACCCUCCGACUGGGCCUACCCGAACCGUGUCUGCGCUCCGGCUUUGCACCCUGGGGCCACGCUGGGUGGAUUGAUUCUUGCACUUGCUGGCUGAGUCUGCCCAAGACCGUCGGUGGAUCACUAGAUUCAUUCCUUUUAGUCUCGACGUCCCAAGGUGCUGUCCAGUUCUUGGUUCUGACACGGAAAUUGCCUGCGCCGUCCCACCAAAGUGCUUUGGUCUCGAAGAGUUUUCUGCACCGUCUCUUUUGUUUCCAUGGUUCAGCAUCUGCCGCCGUCCCGGCGGGUCUCCGCUUCGUCCAAUUACGAUACUGGGAGAGCUUCUUGUCUGCCUAG